CAAUGAUCUUCUCCUCCGCCGAAAAGCUUCUUCCCCAGUACUGCCGCCGACUCCUGAAUCCGUCGCCGCUGCCAUUGCUUCUCCCUAACGGUUCAUCAUCCACCAGCAAGAACAAAAGGUCUUAUCGUCCGUCGUAGCUAACUGAAAGAUUCGCGCCCUUAAAUAUUUAAAUUCACGAAUUUGCCGAUGAGAAUCUGCGUUCUUACGCGCCGGGAGCGGCGAAGCUAGAUUGGUGGCCGAUUGGGGUCACCUAAGUGCAUGUGACAGCUCUUACUACAGUUGCUUGGAUUCAGCGCUGCUGCCAAAUCUUCCUUUCCCCUCGUCCAGAAAUCAAUUCUGAUAUCGCCGACUCUUCGCCGCAGCUGCUCAAGUGGUCGUUUCGAGCUGAAUUCCAUCGAAGCUCACAAGUCAUGAGCUCUUCUUCUGGUGCUCAUUCCGGCAGAGGAGGUGGAAGUGGUACGGGGGUGAGAAGUUAUAGGGAAAGAUCGGAAGGACGCGGUCGUGGCCGUGGGAGAGGAGGUGGUUCGGAGAAUGACAAAAUUGAUGCUCUUGGAAGACUAUUGACACGCAUUUUGCGUCAUAUGGCUUCUGAGUUGAGUUUGAAUAUGCGGAGUGAUGGGUUCGUGAAAGUGGAGGAUUUGCUUCAGUUGAACAUGAAAACUUUUGCCAAUGUUCCGUUGAUAUCACACACGGUUGAUGAUAUCAGGGAGGCAGUCAGGAGGGAUAACAAGCAAAGAUUCGGGCUCGUGGAGGAAAAUGGAGAGCUCUUGAUUCGUGCAAACCAAGGCCACACUGUGAAGGUAGUUGAAUCAGAAAGUUUGUUACAACCCAUCCUUUCAGCUGAUGAGGUAGCAGUCUGUGUGCAUGGAACGUAUAGGAAGAAUCUGGAAUCUAUAUUGCAGUCUGGUUUAAAGCGCAUGGAGAGAUUGCAUGUUCACUUCUCUUGCGGCUUGCCAACAGAUGGUGAAGUGAUCAGUGGGAUGAGAAGGAACGUAAAUGUGCUUAUUUUCCUGAAUGUGGAAAAGGCUCUGGAAGAUGGAAUGAAGCUUUAUAUAUCGGAGAAUAAGGUGAUCUUAACUGAAGGUUUCGAUGGUGUCGUCCCAGUGAAGUACUUCCAGAAGAUUGAAUCUUGGCCAGCUCGACAAUCUAUCUCCGUUGCAAACCUAAGCCAAAGCUGACUGAUAUGAGAAGGGGAUGACCUUUGAGACAAAACAAAUAGACCUUCUGAUGAACUCUGCUAAUGUAGCUGCAGCCUGCACAUGGUAAGGAGACACAUGCUGACUGCAUAUAUUAAUUUUCCAUCGUACGACAUUUGCUAGUGUUAUGAACUUGGUAUAGUCUCUUCCGUAUAGCAUUCAAAUGCGUUCUUAGUUCAUUUCAGCUUGUUCGCAUUACAAUGUAUGAUGAGAACUGGUUUCAUAUUGUUCUUGAUAAUGGUGAGCCAAAUUCCCCUCGACUGCUGUACAAGAGACAAGAGAGAAACCAGAGAGUAAUGGUUCCCAGAAUUGGAGGAGGAAGUUUGAGUUUCUUUCUGCUGAACUUAUUUUGCAUAUGCACUGUCUUCUGUAAAGAGAGUAACAACGAUGAAAUUCUCUAGGUAUUUAUCAGCGGCCGUUGAACUGAAGGGUUUAAAGAACAACAAAGGCGACGGGCAAUGGCAAUCGAGGUAAGCUAAAAAAACUCAAAUUCAGGCCAUGUUUGGGAUGGAUUGAGAGAACUCCUCUAAUAAUUUCUACAUCAGGAAAUUGAUAUUACGUUAUCAACAAUCAUGACCUUGAUGAUUCGAAAAUUGAGGAAGUUUGUUUCCAGAAUGAACCAGUUCAGCCGUCGAUUUGCCUGCAGAUCGGAAUGCCAGGUUCUGCCCUAGGUAUGGUCCUAGCCACAGCUCAUUUCAGUUCAUCAAUGGUGGCAUUACCACCGGCAUAGUAUCGAAAUGACGAGGUAACAGUGAAAUGUCUGGGGGACCAAAUAUGAAGUUUGAUGAAUCUUAUUUUGGUUUCAGAAAUGUGUACCUGAAUUCUGUUCAUGAACUUUUAGGUCUUCCCCUUGUUUUGUUAGAUGUCGUUCUUUUGCAGCUCCAUUGUUGGUUAAUGUGGAUCAUGUCGUCGUCCUUCCCACUUUAAGAAAUGCCUUUGGACCUAAACCUACUGAUUUGUAUUCUUCAAUGUGGUUUCAUUCCAUUGAUAGAGUCUUGUUUAUAAUAAUAAUACGUCUGGCUCAUUGAUCAAAAGAAACAACCAAAUAUUAAUUGUUAAUCACAAAUUAAUAUAUUGUGGCAUAGUUUGCAACAUCCACAUGGAUGUCCUUUUCCGCUGCCUCAAAAUCUCAAUGGUUUUGGAAACUCUUCGCCCAUUUUUCUUGUCGACGCAAUUUACUAUGCUGGGGUUGAAUGAAAACGUGUGAUAAUUGAAAUGUCUCUAUAACUUGAUGGUUUCUGUAUGUAUUUGGGAUAUCAAAUAUUGUAUCGAAUUUAUCGGUAUUUGGUAUAAUUGAAUACGAUUAUUAUUUCAUGGAAUUGAGAUUGAAGUUUAAGUGUUAAUUUGAUAUUAAGAAUUACAGGAUUGAAAUCGGUGAUAUAUUGAAAUAUAAGUUGGGGUGUUUCAUUCCUUUCAACCGGACCCUCUCACUCACUUAUACCAGACCCUCAACCGCCAUUAUAGUCGAUUAGUUAUGCAUAACUCAUUCUCUCACUAUUUGACAACGGAGACCAAGCUCAUUUCGUUAUUUAUAAUAUGUCUAUGGAUUGUUUAGGUACCUCACGAUUUCAAUUUGUUGCUUUGGUUUGUUAAAAGUGAUUCUUAGCCACCGCAUUUUUCCUAGUUUGUUGUUAUUAUAUUGGAUACUUUCUCAUUUGUUUUGCACGAGUGUUGACACCAUUGUUGGUUUUUAUUUUUGAGAAUGGUUUGUGGAGCUGUUUGCAGAGGAUAAGAAUUUUCUUUUUAAAAAUUUGGUUGGUAAUUUUGAAGUUGAUAUAUAACGAUACAGAACAAAAUAUUAGGGAUUGAGAUACCAAAUUUAUUUUAGGGUUGAAAAUGAUAUUGAAAUAGGACAUUAUUUGGUAUUCAAAAUUUCACUAUUUGAUAAUGGGAUACCGAUACCGAACCAAUUUCUACCUCUAAUUGUUUAUAAUUUUUCGUUUACUUGUUUGAAUUUUAUGCAAAAUUCAUGUCUAAAUUUCCAUACAAAUUUAAUUAUGCGUCAUCCUUCAAUAAAUUCUGGAGGCCCUA